AUGAAUUCAUCCAACAACAAUUUGUCCGCUCGCCGCACACAGGUUCGAGCAAGACAUCAGCGUCACGUUAAUGCCGUAUGCAGAACAAUAGACAAGCUGGCGGCGGUACAGUCGCCAGGCCUGGACCGUAGGCUGCUCUUAAUAAGGCAUCUUCGACAGCGAGCCGCCUCGCCCGCGCAACCUCCACCACGUGCUUGCGCCGUAAGAAACAAAGGGACACAUUAUAAUGUCUCGCACCAUAAUAUACGACCGCCGUUGUGUUGGGGCAUUCGGUGCAUUCGCGCUGCACGUCGAAAUUCUUCAGCCUGCGUCCUAAAACCACGCUUAUCGCGCAGACAUAAUAUCGAUAACGGCGUGCGGUUCGAUGACAUGUUUAUCAGCACACGGCCGAGGGAGGGGGUGGCAGAUGUCACCGCGCCGCCUGAUAACACUUCCCCAUAUCUGGGAUAUCUGAAUAGAUAG